AUGCAGCCUACAGCACCGCUCCAGCGCUCGCUUCGGCGACUUGCGCUCACGACCAAGCAAGGACCUCAUAACUAUUACAAGGGAAACCGUACAGGUGCCAUGGGCCGACAUACUAAAUGGGGUGGCUACGUACUUGACUACACAAAGGUCCGAACAUUCGUCUGUCCGGACUUGACCGACUUCAAUAUGACUCCCUUCGUCACCGAAAAACGCUACCGUCAAGACAAGACGACGGAUAUCUUGCAACUUCGAAAGACACUCACACCUGAACGUUACCUCAGGGCUUGGAAGUUCUUCGGCGGCGAGCAGAAGUCGCACUGGAGGUCAUAA